CAAAGAGCGGUAACAUUUUGAAGAAUUCUGGACAGCGCAAUGAAAUGCUUGAUAGAAUGGGGUAUAAUUAACGCAGAGAUCCGAAUCAGGGACGCUCAGCGAGCCGCGGCAGUAGAUCACAAGUGUUGGGGAACAGAAUGAGACUCGCUUUAUUUUUCCUCGCUGUGGCCGUUCUACAAUGUCUGCCGUCUGAGGGCACACGCAUUAAACGUGGAUUUAGCUGGAAUCCGACCACAUGGAACUUAAACCCUUCCAAAUGGAUUAAAAAGUUCGGCAAUUCGUUCAAAUACACCACGAUUUACCCUGGGACAAAAUGGUGUGGCAAGGGAAACUUGGCUAAAAACAACAAUGACUUGGGCUCUCUGAAGAAACCAGACCGGUGUUGCCGCGCUCACGAUCUGUGCUCUACCAAAAUCAAAGCUGGCAAGACAAAAUAUGGCAUCAAAAACAAGUCAGCGAUUACAUGGUCUCAUUGUGACUGCGACAAAGCGUUCCACAAGUGCUUGAAAUCGGCAAACACCAAAGACUCUGAUGUUAUUGGAGUCAGCUAUUUCGACAUUCUGAACAACAAGUGUAUUUAUCAGGGCUACCCCGUCAAGUGCAAGAAGAAGUUGUUUGGCCUGUAUAAAAAAUGCAAAACGGACAAGUCAAAACCGAAAGUAUGGAUGACAAAAACUGUCGGGAGUUAUUUGUUUUAA